AUGGAUGCUACAACAUCAAAUGGUAAUAGCCCUGCUACGUUACAACUCCAUACCAUUCCCGAGAGUCCACUCGCGGCAAUGGAGUUGCCCUUACCUUCAUUUCUGUGUCUAAAACGCCACUGCUUUGGGAAUUCUGCUCCUGGAGAAUUCCCUUUGGCUUCUUUUCCUUCCAUUGUCCUUCAUGUUCUCACAACAUGUGAUUUGGGUCCUCGGGACCUCGCGAAACUCGAGGCAAGUGAUGGUCUUCUUAUUUUCAUGAAGCGGGCAAAUUUUUCUCCCGACUUUGAACUCUCCAUCUCAGAAGUUGCAGCUCUCGACAUAUGCCAAAAGAGGGCGAUAUUUAAAUGCAUGGGAGAGGAAGAACGCCAAGAAAUCAAAAGGAAAUGCGGAGGUUCAUGGAAGCUUGUUCUAAGCUUCUUGCUAGCUGGUGAAUUAGGUUGCAGGCGGGAGAAAUCACAAGCACUUGCAGGUCCUGGUCAUAGCAUUGCCGUGACAUCAAAGGGCGUUGUGUACUCUUUCGGAUCUAACGGUUCUGGACAACUCGGACAGGGAACCACUGAAGACACUUGGCAGCCUCGACCAGUCAGAUCACUUAACGGGAUCCGGAUUAUUCAGGCAGCCAUUGGUGCUGAUAGAACAAUGUUAAUCAGUGAUGCUGGUGAAGUUUAUGCCUUUGGAAAAGACUGUUUUAGCGAGGCUGGAUUAGGGGUCCAAGAGACGAAGCUAAUCACAACUCCCCAGCGGGUCAAGUCCUUGACAGAAAUCUUCGUGGUACAAGCUGCGAUAGGAAAUUUCUUCACGGCGGUUUUGUCAAGAGAAGGCAGAGUCUAUACAUUAUCAUGGGGAAAAGAUGAAAGACUCGGUCACCAAACUGACCUUAACUGUUUGUUGCCUCAUCCUUUGUUGGGCGCCUUGGAGAACAUCCCGGUUGUGCAAAUUGCUGCUGGCUAUUGCUAUCUCCUUGCUCUAGCAUGUCAACCCACUGGAAUGUCUGUGUACUCUGUUGGAUGUGGUUUGGGUGGGAAACUUGGGCAUGGCUCUGCAACCAAUGAGAAACAGCCUCGCUUGAUUGAGCAGUUUGGUCUUUUAAAUAUGGAACCGGUUAUGGUCUCAGCAGGGGCAUGGCAUGCUGCUGUAGUUGGGAAAGAUGGACGAGUCUGCACGUGGGGUUGGGGACGGUAUGGCUGUUUGGGUCACGGAACGGAAGAGUCAGAGUUGGCUCCCAAGGUCGUAGAGGGAUUAAAGGAUGUUAAAGCCGUCCACGUCGCCACGGGAGAUUACACCACUUUUGUUGUGUCUGAUGAUGGUCAGGUUUACUCAUUUGGCUGUGGCGAAUCAGCCAAUCUUGGGCAGGGCGAUGUGGAUGAGAAUACUCUGAUCCCGAAGCUGGUUUUGUCGUUGAAGGAGACAAAAGAGCGUGUGGUUCAUGUAAGUUUGACAAACUCGGUGUACUGGACUGGUCAUACAUUUGCAUUGACCGAGUCCGGGACACUAUAUGCGUUUGGAGCCGGGGACAGAGGGCAGCUUGGGGUGAACCUGGGUGAUAACUUGACGGAAAGAGCGGAACCAGCGAAAGUUGUCGGAAUCAAUCUUUCUUAG